AAGUCUUCUCUCUAUCCGGUCCAAUCAUCGGACUCUUUCUCUCUCUUCCUCUCUUCUCUCUGUUUCUCUGCUAGCGUUAGGGUUCUUAAUAAACGGUUCCUUUAAUCAAUCAUGUCGACUAGCAGGAAAAUCACUCUGAAGAGCUCCGAUGGAGAGACUUUCGAGGUCGACGAGGCCGUGGCUUUGGAAUCGCAGACCAUUAAGCACAUGAUCGAGGACGAUUGUGCCGAUAACGGGAUCCCGCUUCCCAACGUCACCAGCAAGAUCCUCUCGAAGGUUAUCGAGUACAGCAAGAAGCACGUCGACGCUGCAAAGGCUGAAGAGCGCCCCGCGACAGCUGACGAUGAACUCAAGGCUUGGGACGCCGAGUUCGUCAAGGUCGACCAGGCCACCCUCUUCGAUCUCAUCCUGGCUGCCAACUAUCUCAAUAUCAAGGGCUUGCUGGACCUUACUUGUCAGACAGUGGCAGAUAUGAUUAAGGGGAAAACACCAGAGGAGAUCCGGAAGACUUUCAAUAUCAAGAAUGAUUUUACACCGGAGGAAGAGGAGGAGGUUCGUCGGGAGAACCAGUGGGCUUUUGAGUGAGGGACAUGAAGUGAAAAAAAAACAAACAAACUAUUUAUAUUGUUUCUUCCCUUCAUUUUGUGUUGGCAUGGAUUGCUGUUUCCCUAAUCUUGUAUUGUGUAAAACUCUGUAAUACUGGUUUAAAUUCUUGCUCUAGGGGUCUCUUCUGAAAAACAACUUCCAUUCUGCUUUACGUGUUUCUCACCCGAUUGCUA